UCUAUGUGUCACUUCGCUGCCACAAUUCUACAUGCUGUGUGUGGCCUCACAUAUUUCCACGCCCAAAUUACUAUCAGUUUCGCGCUCUCCGCCACCGCCGCUGCCGGACACCAUGGCGCAAACGCAACAGCAUUUCCUGGUCCUUGGAUUUCCUGUGCAAAGCCACCUGAACCCUACUCUUCAGUUCUCCAAGCGACUUAUUGGCAUGGGAGCGCGAGUGACUCUGCUCAUCACCGUCUCCAUGUACCGCCGUAUCAUCCAGAAGCCCAUCAUCGACGGCCUCACAAUAGCCAGCUACUCCGACGGCUACGACGACGGUUUCACCGACUCAACCAGCAACGCUAAAGUAGAUCUCUACCUCUCUGUUCAGCGUCUCGGAAAACAAGCUCUCACCAAUCUCGUGGCCUCCAAAUCGAACGAAGGCCACCCUUUCGCUGCGGUAAUAUACAGCCUAUACCUUUCUUGGGCGGCGGAGGUGGCGCGUUCUCUUCACGUUCCGUCGGCAUUCCUGUGGGUUCAACCGGCAACCGUGCUGGACAUAUACUAUUACUACCUGACGGGUUACACAGAUUACAUUGACGGCGAAAGUAAAGAUCCUGAAGGUGAAAUUAAAUUGCCGGGAUUGCCGUUGAUGAAGACGAAGGACCUUCCCUCGUUCUUACUACCUUCAAAUAUUUACUCUUUUGCCAUACCGUUGAUGGACGAGCACUUCCGUGAACUCGACCUGGAAGUGAAGCCAAGGGUCCUCGUGAAUAGCUUCGAAGCAUUGGAAUCAGAGGCAAUCAGAGCCGUCAGUAAGAUGAACAUGAUCCCUGUUGGGCCGUUGAUUCCUUCCGCUUUCUUAGGCGGGAAGGACCCGAGCGACACGUCGUUUGGGCUCGACAUCUUUUGUCGUUCAAGUGGUUAUGCUGAGUGGCUGGACUCGCAGCCAGAGCGUUCAGUGGUUUAUGUGUCGUUUGGAAGCCUUUCGUCGUUGCCUGAGAGACAGAUGAGGGAAAUCGCGUGUGCUCUGUUAGAUUCUGGAAGGCCCUUCUUGUGGGUCAUUAGAGAUUUUGAAGUUAGAUCAGAAGAGAACUGUAUAGGAAAAGAAGAGAGAGAAGAGGAUGGCGUGAACUGCAGAGAAACUCACAAAAAAGAACAGAAGGCGAACUGUAGAGAAAAAGAAACUCGAAAAGAAGAAGAAGAGAAGCCGCUGAUGAAUGGAGAAGGAGGAAAAGAGAAGCAGAAAAUGAAUGAGGGAGGAGAAGAGAAGCCAAAGGUGAGAGGAGGAGGAGGAGGAGAGAAGCAGAAGACGAGUGAAGAAGAAGAAGAAGAAGAGUGGGGAUGGAGAAAGGGAUUAGAAGAGAAGGGUAGGAUAGUAAAAUGGUGUAAUCAAGUGGAGGUUCUGUCACAUAGGGCCGUGGGAUGUUUCGUCACACACUGUGGUUGGAAUUCGAGCAUGGAAAGCUUAGUUUCGGGGGUUCCGAUGGUGGCAUUUCCUCUGUGGACGGACCAAAUGACGAAUGCGAAGCUGAUAGAAGAUGUGUGGAAGACAGGUACGAGGGUGAAGGUGAACGAGGAGGGAGUAGCAGAGAGUGAGGAAAUUAGGAGGUGUUUGGAUGUGGUGUUGGGGGAGGGAGCGAAAGCAGUGGAAAUGAGAAACGAGGCAGAGAAAUGGAAGGAUUUAGCAAAAGAGGCCGUGAAGGAAGGAGGGUCUUCCCAUCAGAAUCUAAGGGCUUUUCUGAAUGAAUUUGCAGGUUGCUGAGUUAUGUGCUGAUUUUGAGUGCCGUACUGUGUUAGGGACGAUUAUUCAAAUUAAAUUGUGUGAUCCACUUUCGUCAUCAAGUUCUUCAAUUUCCGACGCUUGACAAAUGAAUUGCUUCUUUUGUAA